UGUUUACAAAAAUGAACCAAUAAUUAAUGGAAAAUAUGACAUUAUUGUUGUACUUUCCAAAAAUAUGUUGUUAUUUAUAUUAAAAGUCACAAUCUAAAUGUUUGCAGUUAAAAGAAAAGGCAGACAUUUGAAAUAGUUUGCAAAAAGGAACAAGUUACCAUGGACGCUUUAACCAUUCCAAUGGAAGAUGCGCUCUUAGAGUCCGACAAGGAAGCAAUGGAGGUAGAGGACCAAGGAUCUAAGGUGGCUACAGUAGCUGAUCUAGCCCCUGUUUCAGCCCCUGUUUCAGCCCCUGCUCCAACACCAUCGCUAACCCCUACUUUGGUAUCUGAUUCAGCAUCAGAGUUGCUUGCCUUAAAAGUCGCUUCGGUUGAGAAGUCUUCUGAAUCUACAGAUCCAGACACGGCAGCAGCUCCCACACCCGCAAAGGCAUCAAAUGUGGAAUCCUCGGGCUCGAAUGUAUGUAAACAGUGUAGAGGAAGACACCCGCUGUAUAAGUGCGCUAGUUUUCGGAAGUUGCCUCACGAAAAGAGGCUUCGAUUCGUAAUUUUACAUCGACAUUGCUACAUAUGUUUAUCGACUAAACACCUGGCUAAUGAGUGCAAGUCGUUGGUGAAGUGUAACAUCUGCCACGACAAUCACCACUCUCUUUUGCACUCACCAGGAAAAGGUCAAAAGAAGAAAGGCGCGAAACCUAAACCCCCUACUUCAGCGCAGUCAAAAGCGAAAUCUAUGCCCUAUUCCGUCCAGACUUCUCAUUUGCCAUUAAGACAUUCUAUUAACCUGUCUCCGACCUUAAAGGUAAAUUUGUUGAUAGGUAACCGUCGAAUUUUGGUCCGAGCGGUUUUAGACCUGUGUUGUCCGAGACAGGCAGGCAGCUUAGGCUGCCUUUCUCGUCUGCAAACGACGUUAAUAUAUGUCGUUUGACUAUCGGCUCAAUAUAUGCGCCUCAUCCUCAAAUAACAUUGUCUGCAACAGUGAGGAAAAUGGUCGGUAUACGAACCCCACCGGAAAAUAUUCCCAACGACAUUCUAACUUUAUUUGACGGGAUUCAGCUAGCUGAUCCCACAUUUAAUCAGUCGGGACAGGUCGCGUUGGUUUUAGGGCCAGAACUAAGUGCUUCCAUUAUUAAAGGAAAAAUACAUUCUAGCCCGGGUAUUCCACUUGCUCAAUACACUUUAUUUGGAUGGGUCAUUUCCGGCCAAUCCCCAUAUUGAGAAAAUAAAAAUAAUAUUAAAUUGACCUGUGAAUGUUAUUUAUUUAUGGGUACAGUCGAGAGACUGAAAAAAAUCCAGCUGUGGGACUUCGGUUCUAUGGGGAAAGUCGAGAGACUUCUGAAAAAUCCUCCUGUGGGACUUCGGUUCUAUGGGGAAAGUCGAGAGACUUCUUAAAAAUCAGCCUGUGGGACUUCGGUUCUAUGGGGAAAGUCGAGAGAUUUCUUAAAAAUCUAAGCAGGUCCUUUGACCUUUCGUCGAUAAUUUUAAAAUUUGA